AUGAGCUAUCGCUACAAUCAUGGAUACGGGAAUGACCAAACUAAUAACGGCGAGAACCCUUUCAUGAGUUCGCGGGGCGAAAGGUCAGACCAGAGCUACGAAGAAGAUCAAAGAGAACAGGAAUACAAAGACUUUGUCAAGCAGUAUCCUACAACCUACCAAGCUCAGCAAACUACACCGUAUAACACAUCUUCUGGAGUCUUCCAAGGCAAUUCCCAGCAAAAUAGCGAGCCGUAUCCCCCGCAUGAUGGUCACCAACUACCCCAAAGUUAUAAUGUGCCCACAAUCAAUGUAUAUCAGGCGCCUCAAACAAUCCCGUUUGCACCCAAUACGGUAGCUCCCAUGACUUCAAUGAACCAUGAGACUAGUAACGAUCAAAUAUACCACAUGGACUAUGAACCUCGGAACUCUAGCGCAAAUUCAAGCACUGGCGCGGAAUACUACCCACAGGAAACCCAGCCCAUACUUGACCAUCGCAGACCUCCCCCAGCCCCUCAACCAGACUUUUUAUCAUCAAAUUUAAAUUCUUCUAGCGUCUUCUAUGACUACGAUCCCGAGGAUCCAGUUGGGUUUGUUGACCAAAACGGGGACGAUUACCAAAUCAAUACCUUCUACAACAAUGAGAAUGAAAUGGCAAACCCAUACUCAAGCGCCUUUAACUUAGGUGACUACGCUGACAACGUUGACUCAGGGGAUGAAUAUAGCAACACAAACUACGACGAUAGGCAAGAAAGAGACUUGGGGGAGUACUCUUACGAUAACGAUGCGAAUACUCUUGCCAAAAUUAGAUCUUCUACAAAUCUCCUUGAAGAUGGUGCAUCGGGGGAUGUGCUAAUGAACUCUGCAGAAAAGCUAGGCGACAAUUCAAGUGCCAGUUCUCACAACAGGCCCUCUCGGAGGCUCACCACGGUGAGAAAAUUCAAGCUGAGUAUGGGCAAUUUCAUCUUUGAUUGCCCCAUUAGCGAACACUUGAUUUCUCAAUAUGUGAGGGCUGUUGAUGAUCCAGAGAAGCUUUCCAAUGAGUUUAAGUUUAUGAGGUACCAGGCUGUGACUUGUGAGCCGGAAAUGUUCCAGUCAAACAACUUUACGCUUCGUCAACUUAAAUAUGGACUACCGCGGCAAACGGAGCUCAUGAUUGUGAUAACAAUGUACAACGAAGAUGACGUUCUUUUAGCAAGAACUCUGAAAGGUGUUAUGGAUAACAUUCGCCAUUUCACGAAAAAAACAAAUUCAUCAACUUGGGGGCCUGAUGCUUGGAAAAAAAUAGUCGUAUGCAUCGUGUCAGAUGGAAGGUCUAAAAUCAAUGAGCGUUCGCUGGCUCUCAUGAGCGCGCUAGGGUGCUAUCAAGACGGAUUUGCUAAGGGUGAGAUUAACGAUAAAAAAGUAAUUGCCCAUGUUUAUGAACACACCUCCAAAGUCAACAUUCGAGGCAUUAGGGAUGGCAAGGUUGAUCUUCUGUGUGGCGAAAAUACUGUUCCAAUCCAAUUGUUGUUUUGCUUGAAAGAAAACAAUCAAAAGAAAAUCAAUUCCCAUCGUUGGGCACUAGAGGCUUUUGCUGAGGUUUUGCAGCCAACAGUUAUUAAUUUGCUAGACGCUGGUACCAUGCCUGGGAAGGAUUCAAUUUACGAGCUAUGGCGCGAAUUCAAAGAUCCCCAGGUCGGUGGGGCAUGUGGUGAAAUUAAAACUGACUUAGGAAGAGGUUACAAGAAGCUUCUUAACCCGCUAGUUGCAUCACAAAACUUUGAGUACAAGCUUUCUAACAUUCUUGAUAAGACUACUGAAUCAAACUUUGGAUUUAUUAGCGUUUUGCCGGGUGCGUUUUCGGCUUAUAGGUUUGAGGCAAUAAGAGGCGAACCUCUUCGAAAAUAUUUCCUGGGUGAUGACUUGAAUGCGCGCUUGUUCAUGACAAACAUGUAUCUAGCCGAAGAUCGUAUUCUUUGCUUUGAAGUGGUUACCAAAAAAGACAGUAAUUGGACAUUGAAGUAUUCCAGAAGCUCGUAUGGCUCCACUGACGUCCCUGAGAAAAUCCCAGAGUUUAUUUUGCAACGAAGGAGAUGGAUGAACGGUGCCUUUUUCGCAGCCCUCUACUCCUUUUUGCAUUUUUAUAAGAUCUGGAGUAGUGGUCAUUCUUUCAUCCGGAAGCUCAUGCUCAAUUUACAGUUUGUCUACUUGUUUUUGAGUACAUUGAUAUCUUGGUUCUCUCUCAGCUCAUUUUUCCUGGUCUUCAGAAUAUUGACAAUGUCCAUUGCUGUUUCUAACAAUGAUCAAAAAGUGUUUAGAGUGUUAUCUGUGCUUUUCUUGUGGCUCUAUGGUGUCUCGAUUCUGAUUACAUUCAUCCUGUCCCUCGGUAACAAACCCAAGGGAACCUCAAAGUUCUACCUCUCGACAUUUAUCUUUUUUGCUAUCCUCAUGGUUUACAUGAUUUUCUGCUCAAUAUUUAUGAGUGUGCAUUCGAUCAGGAACAUUAUAGACAACGGAAAUGUGACAUUUGUGAGUUUGAUGAAACAGGAGACUUUUCGAGACCUGAUUGUGUCAAUGGGUUCGACCUAUUGCCUUUACCUAUUGAGUUCUGUGAUCUACCUUCAACCCAUGCAUAUGCUUACAAGUUUUGUACAAUAUUUGCUGCUCAGUCCAUCCUACAUCAACGUGCUGAAUAUCUACGCGUUUUGUAACGUGCAUGAUAUAUCAUGGGGAACUAAGGGCUUCGUUGCAAAGCCGCUAGGGAAAAUCCAUUCUAAGGAGGAUGGUACCGUGAAACUGGAGAUUCCGGUUUCAGCUCGAGAGAUUGACGCGAAUUUCAACAAGCAUCGCGAGAUAUUGAUGUCUGAGGCUCCUGAGGAAGGUCAAGAGGAGGUAUCUUUCGAGGAGAAAAAGACUAACUACUAUGCCAUGGUUCGGUCAUUGGUAAUUAUUUUGUGGGUCAUUUCCAAUUUCAUAAUAGUGGCGGUUGUAUUAGAAACUGGUGGUAUUGGUCAAUAUGAGUCUCUGGACAAAAUGCAGUCUUCAACUUCCACCGAGACUACUGUCUCUAUCCUACCACAGAGAUCGACCGUGUAUUUUUCAGUAAUACUCUGGCUUGUGGCUUUUAUGGCUGCUUUUCGCUUCAUCGGAUGCUGUCUCUACGUGGUUCAGAGAUUUUUUAGGAAGCUCCGCUUCGGUAAGUAA